GAGAACUGGGGAUCCCCCUCUGAACGAUCGGCCGGUCUGUGAGCGGAGUCGGGGCUGAGGAUGCCGUCAGAACGGCCUUUUAAACACAGGAGGAGCUUUGCUGAAAGAUGCGCAGAAGUUCGUCAGAUCCGCGAACAACAUCCUAAUAAAAUCCCUGUCAUCAUUGAGCGAUAUAAAGGGGAAAAACAACUUCCUGUGUUGGACAAAACCAAAUUCCUGGUCCCGGAUCAUGUAAAUAUGAGCGAGCUGGUGAAAAUCAUCAGACGUCGACUGCAGCUGAAUCCAACCCAAGCUUUCUUCCUGUUGGUGAACCAAAGGAGCAUGGUUAGCGUCUCCACCGCCAUCUUGGACAUCUAUGAGCAGGAGAAGGAUGAGGAUGGCUUCCUCUACAUGGUGUACGCAUCCCAGGAAACCUUCGGCUAAUGCACAUGUCCGACAUCUCGGUGUGUGUGCGCAUUUACACUCGUGCUGAUAUGAGCAUGUAUGUGAAGCUGUGCGCACUGGCGUCAAUGUUUGCACACAUUUUCUCCUGUAGUCCA